UUCAGCCAUUUUGGCCUGCUAAAAGGCAUUUUGCUACUGUCAGUACUAAUACUGAGACUGGUGAGCGGCACAGCGGGACCAAACAUGGAUAACAGAGGCAGGUGCAGAUAUUUAUCAGUCUGGCUGAUGGUAUUAGUUUUCCAGUGCUGCAUACAAUUCAGUGCUUCCUUGAUCUACUGGACAGCUUAUGUGGCGGUCAGGUACACAUGGAUGAAUAAAACUGUGGCUAGUAUGUGUGAAUGUGGUGUGUUUGGAGUGAAUGCACCCGUGGAAUCGGCUUCUGGACUGGUAGUGCUUCCAAACUCAGAUCCUCUGGCAUGCUUGGACAAUACAUCAUUCACCACCAGCCAUGAGCAAUGGAUUGCCCUCAUCAAGAAAGGAAACUGUACUUUUUCACAGAAGAUUCAGAGUGCCAAGCGACAGGGAGCCUCUGCUGUGGUUAUUUACAACAUAGAUGGGACAGGCAAUAACACUAACCUAAUGGACCACUCAGAUGCUGAUGACAUAGUUGCCAUUAUGAUUGGCAACAUUUUGGGCACAGAAAUCACCAACUUGGUCAAGAAUGGCACAGAUGUCUAUAUGACAAUUAUAGUAGGCAAUGCACAUGGCCUGUGGUUGUGGGCAUAUGCACUGUUUUUCACCUUCGUGGGAAUAACAGCCAUCAGCUUGUUUUACUUCACUUUUCUGUUUAUCAAACGCAUGUAUAUAAAUCGGCAACUUCAUAUGCAACAGGAGGAGAUUAAAAGAGAGGCCAAAAAGGCAAUUGCAAAGUUACAAGUUCGGACUCUGCGGAGACGUGACCCGGAGGUUGAAUCAGAAGACAUAAGCUGUGUUAUAUGUACUGACUUAUUCAAACAUGAUGAACAGGUCACAGUUUUACCCUGCAGGCAUCUGUACCAUAAGAAAUGUAUAGAGCCAUGGUUCCUGGAGCACCCUACCUGCCCAAUGUGCAAAUAUAACAUCAUCAAAUCCAAGAUUGAUGAAGACAGCAGUGAGACAAACUUUUGUCCACCAGUAAUGACGCUCACAACAGCUGGUCAACAUGACACAUCACAUUCAGACAUCCAGAGCAUGGACACAGCAAACUGUGUGUACCGUGAUACAGACCAUGUGGAUGUUCAAACAGAACACAUUUAUGACAACCCAGCAUUUGAAGAUCAUCAAAUUUCAAUCUAGUCCUGACCUUGAUUAAGUAAAAAAAAUAACUGCAGAUGGAAAAUCUUAUUUAAUAUUUAACUAAAAUCCAAUUCAAAUGACCAAAUGAUGCUGGAAUAGCCAAAACAUGUCAUAUUGAAACAAACUGAAAAGAAAUAAAGAUUGAUCAAAGUGUUUGAACAGGCUGUUUGAAAUAAGUCGUUUAAUAAAAACUCUUAAUGGACUUGUUUAAAGGAAACAGAUUAAACAAUAUACUAGCUAGUAAUUAGCUAAAUUAGUAAAGAAUGAAAUUAUUAGGAUGGAAUCUUACAAUAAGCUAAGCUGGUCAGGCUUUAAAAUGUUAAAAUAAAUUAAGACAACAGGUUUAAAAUAAAUCACAUGUUAUAUGUUAAAGUAAUGUAUCCUAUAUGUAUGGUAUAUACAAUAAUAUAAAGUUAGUUUAAAAGUUAAUUGGUAAACAAAUUUCAGAGGAUGAUUUAUUGUUAUUUAUACUGAUUGUACACUUCUGUUAGUUGACUGUUCAUUUAUAAAAUUGUCUCUUAAAUAAAGGCUAAAGUGAACUAUUGUA